UCUGCACAUUUAAAUACGUUACAGACACAAUAGGUUAACAUUAUUUAACCUGUGAAAUUGGCUCUGUAUUGUAUAAUAACAAUGCUAAAGGCUCUGAGUUUAUUUGUUGAUGAUUAUCUCGCACUAAGAGCCACACCUUCUCUGAGCUACGUUAUAAGCAUCACGGCUUUAAAAGGCUGGGUGACUCCCUCUCAUUCAGAUGCGCUUCAACAGACUCACAACACGCUUCCCCUCUCACUUCUAACCAGCACAUGGAAAUGGAGGACCAGAUGGAAAGCCAGAAGAGAAGAGGAACGAGCAGAGACGAUUUAAUAUCCGAACAAACCGGGUCUUUGGGAUGCGUCGGUUGGUUCAUAGUCGUACUCUCUGGCAUGUUCACCCUUCUCCUCUUCCCCAUCACCGUCUGGUUUUGUCUGAAGAUUGUUCAGGAGUAUGAGCGCGCUGUCAUCUUCAGACUGGGACGCAUUACCGACAGGAAGGCCAAAGGACCAGGAAUUUUCUUUAUUUUGCCGUGCACUGACUCAAUUGUGAAAGUGGAUCUGCGAACCGUUUCAUUUGACAUCCCACCCCAAGAGAUCUUGACCAAGGACUCAGUUACAGUUUCCGUGGACGGAGUGGUGUACUUCCGGGUCAGUGACCCCAUCGCCUCAGUGGCCAACGUGUCCAAUGCCGAUUCCUCCACCCGUCUGCUGGCUCAAACCACCCUGAGAAAUGUCCUGGGGACCAAGAACCUGGCUGAGCUGUUGUCCGACCGCGAGGGCAUCGCUCACAGCAUGCAGUCCAACCUGGAUGAAGCCACGGACAACUGGGGCAUCAAGGUCGAGCGUGUGGAGAUCAAAGAUGUGAAGCUGCCACAGCAGUUGCAGAGAGCCAUGGCCGCCGAAGCGGAAGCUACGCGAGAGGCCCGAGCCAAGGUCAUCGCAGCGGAGGGCGAGAUGAAUGCGUCUCGUGCACUGAAGGAGGCGUCCAUUGUGAUCUCAGAGUCUCCGUCGGGCUUGCAGCUGCGCUACCUGCAGACUCUCAGCACCAUUGCAGCGGAGAAGAACUCCACUAUCAUCUUCCCCCUGCCCAUGGAUAUCAUAUCUCACUUCAUGAAGAAGUAGUACCUCAGUCUGUUCACCCUGCGAGGUCGCUGUCAAAUCAAACUUGAAUCAGAUGGGGACUGGGGUGUAAUUCUGAAACAAACUCUCAGGGCGCGAGAUGAUGCUGUUGUUGUAUGGUUAACAUUUCAAGGAUCAUAGAAAUAUUUUUAUGGUUUACACAGUCAAGUCGGGAUCAAGGCCUGCUCCCAAUGUGAUGUGGAGUAGCUUUAAACCACGUUUGUUAUGAAACUUACGCAUCAUAUUUUGUUAGAACUAGAACACAUUUCUAUUUCAUAUCAUAUUAUGCAUUACAGUUUUUCUCCAUUGGUUUGGCUCAUUUUUUGAAACAGAAAUGACAUUCUCAAAACAACAUGGACAAACCUCCAAACCACUUGGCAAUUUCUCAAUACAGAAUUGAAUUUCUCAUUCAUUUGGGUAAAUUGCAAAUGUCUAAGUACAUAUCUCAAUGUGUCAGUACAUAUUUGCAAAUGAUUAAGUACAUGUAGCCUACAUUUAGCACAAUUUCCAAGUGAAUAGAUCUUGUUGAUCUAAACUGAUUGUUGAUUCUCAGUCUAAUUGUUUUUCGCUCCAAAACGUCUCAGCGUAUUUUCAUUGUAUAAGUCAUCACAUGCACAAUAGUCUGUUCAAUUGUCAAAAUUACUCAAGAACAUAAUACCAUGAAUACCAUAUAUGAAUCCCUUGGAACAUUUGAUAAAUUCACAGUAUUGAAUUGAAGUAACAAUUGACAGUCAGGUGAAACUAGAACUUUAUUUUAUUUAUUCUUCAACCAGCUUUAUUUACAGCACUGUAGGCCGCAUAUAAUUUUCAUUGUUUUUUGUUUCUGUGUUUAUUUUACAGUAUACUAUGCUGUAUAUAUUUUCUUUUUACUCUGAUGUAUGGAAGUUAUUUUAUGUUUGUGAAUGAUAAUUGCAAUUACAAUUUCCAGUAGUAUGAGUGCAAUGUGUGAUGUCAAACCUUGGAGGCUAAUCUUACCCUAAAAUCCUAUUUUUUUCUGUUAGCCAGACCAAAAAAACAGUACAGUAACCAUUGUCAAUGAAGGACUGGGCAAAGACUGGUGGACAUGAGGGAUUUCAAUGGUCCUCUGCCAUAGUGACAAAACAACUAAACAUUUUGACCUGCAGUGUUUAAACAAUGACAAAAGGACUUUUCAUUUUGGGGGCACUGACUGUUUGUAUGAGAAAAGGAAUUCGUUGUGACUGAUGAGUUGUCUGUUUUGGGAGAGAUAUGACCUUUUGUAGGUGUGCCAUAGUGUUUUGCUAAACCAUCUAGGUUAUUUUGGCAAAUGUAUUUAAAGCUUUGAGAAUGUCGUUUUUUCGAGAGAUAGAUGAGCCAUAGCAAUCGAGAAGGAAGUUUUCAUUUUGGGGGCACUGACUGUUUGUAUGAGAAAAUGAUUUGGUUUUGAAGCUUGAGUUAACUGUUUUGGGUGAGAUAUGACCUUUUGAAGGUGAUCUAUGUAGUUGUGCUGAACCAUAUAGGCUAUUUUACCAAAUGCAUUAAGAGCUUUGAGAAUGUAAUUUCUGUUUCAAGAAUUGAGCCAAAGCAAUGGAGAAAAACUGUAAUGAGUUAUGUACUGUGAGAAGUGUUUAAAAAUAUCUGAUCUCUGAGAAACAUUUUAUAAGGCAUCUGUUGUACUGAACCUUGAAUAACAUAAUGUAUGGAAAAUGAGUUUGUGCUUUAGUCACUGUCAUAGAACAUGUUGUUGAUUGUGGUAACCAAAACCCCCAAAGACAACAUGUUGUCGAUUGUGGUAACCAAACCACAAUCCACAACAUGUUGUCGAGACAAAGUAAACCCGCAAACCUUUGAGUGGACUGUUGACAGCACGUGAAUUUCUUGUAUAUUUUUUAAUACCAUAUUCUCCCCAAAAAGUACAAAUAAACGCAUGGACAUACUUUGUAUACAUUACAUGUUGAACUAUCUGGUUUCUCGCCUUCUUCGGGCCUUCUACGCUAUGGUUACUAGUUGACCAUCACAAAUGCAGAGAUGAGAAAGAAGAGAAAGGGAGCGCGAGAAACAUCAGAGACAGGAAAAACAUGCUUCUAUUACUUUGUUGAUGCACUAAGACACAACCCAUUUUGUAAAUGUAUUUACAUUCAAACCUACAAUCAGUGCCAGAAGAAACAUAUCCAGUGAAUAUUGUCUCUAGCUUACCUCCACAAAUUCAAAUUCAUCACAUCAAUAUAUAUCAGCAUUAUAUUUAUCAGCAUUUAAACCUGAACAUGGGCCUUUCCAUCCCUAAUGGGUUGGAUAAAUGACCCAUGUUUCUUGUGGGGAGGCUCAAGUAGAUGCUACAUAUGGCUGCUACAUAGCUGUCAUACAAGAUGUCCUUCUAUAUCAGACAAAACCACAUGAAUGACUUGUAUAAAAUGGCGUCAUUACAUUUUUGACAUUCCGCGCAUAGUGGGACGCAGAUGUCCACAGGACACAUUAAAAGGGUUUUUGUUAAGAAAUCUUAGUCCAUUCAAAAGUCAAAUAUUAAUUUAAGAAGAAAUUUGGGACUGUGCUGUCAUUUGUAAACAAUUUUUUUUUGCAUCCUUGCAGAAUUAUUAUUUUUCUUCGCACAUGAAGCGACCUUUAGCAGGAGCCUGAAGGGUCAUAAACUGGUGUACAUUCAAACAGUGACUACAAUAUUCUUACAAUUAGUCAUUAUGCAAAGACAGUCUCAAAAAUCCUUAGUGUAGGUAUAAAAUAGCGGUAAAUGGAGAUACAUUUCUCAAAUCCUAUGCUGUAUUUAACAUUCUUUUGUUCAAGGAGCAGUUUACCCUGUGUACAUAUCUUACAAAAAUCUGGAAGAUCCAUGAAAACCUUUUUACUUUUUCACGGCCAUCAAAAGUGCUGGUAUGGCAAUCAAAGAUCUACUUACAAGUCUAUUACUCUACUGGAAAACCAGCAACCCAGAAAGGUCAUCAUUUACAUGCUAGUAAAACUUGACAUUGACUCACCCUGUAACUUAACAGAGACACGUCUGGUUACCUCGACCUAUGACCCCGUCAGCAGUGCGCUGUGUGUGCCGACACACACUUACCCACAUCCUUUGUCACUGGCAUUAUUGGUUUCUUUACAGCAGCUCAUUUUGCGAGAAGUCUCAACAGUUUUGUUUGUUAAUGUGUGGGUGGAUCACUGAGAUUACACUGUGUAAUUACAUUGAAAAAGCCAAGAUUACGGAUCCUGAGGGUAGGUUUUGUCAGUAGAGUACAAUACAGGAAGCAGCUAUGACAAACCGUAUGCUAUAAAAUAAUACGAAUCUCUCUAUACCAAAGGUACGUUUCUCUUUUGUAUUACAUAUAAGAGGAAAAAUAUUUUUAGUGUUUAUUGUUCUGUAGAGAAGCAAUACAAAAAGAGAAAAAACAUGUAUUUAUAAUCUAAAUUUAGAAAAUAACUCCCUGAAUGAUAUAUUUGUGCACGAUGAGAAUGAAGUAUAGCUUCCAAAAACCUUAAACGUUAUAUACUGGAAAUAUAAGUGCUGAUCAGAUAAAGAAACCAGAAUAAUCUGAAGAGGUUAUUAAGUGUUCAGGAAGGGCGACACUUUAUAACGGUCACAAAGAGGCCAACCGGUGGUUAGCCUGCAUAUAUGCUGGAUCUACGUAGCUUGUAUGCCAUUUCAAAGCAGUCUCCCAAACACCACCUAUUGUAUGUCUGUGGGAUGACAACAAGUUAGUAUAUCUCCUCCCCCCUUUGGUACCGUAUAUGUUCCACCAAAAGUUUAGCUUUAAACCACAAAAUUUAUAAAUUAAAAUAUACCACAGCAAUAAUACGUUUCACAUUAAGACUGGAAGACUUCCACAAAACAUGCUUGCUAAGCAGCAAAAUACAUGUAAAUCAAAAUGAAUAGAAAUAUCUCAUUUUUAAAAGAAAGUCACUUUCCUGUGCGGUUUCCCCCUCAGCUUUGAGCUCCCUGCUAGUUGUGUGUUACUGUAGUUGUUGUUGUUGAACCCCACACACACACACACACACACACGCACACAGACGCACACACACACACCGCACGAUCCCGCUGAGGUAAAUUCAAAAUGGCAGACACAGUUGACCUGAGGGAUCCCAAAAGUGAAGAGAGCAACUCAUUGUGUGCCGAUAUGCUGGAGGAAGACCUGGCAAAGGUGUGACCAUUAACUCCUCCGGACGGCCUGUGUUCCAGGUUGGGCCGUCCCACACGAGUACAACUAUCAGCAGACAACCGAUUACAAAAUGUUGAACACACCUCGGGGUGACUGGAAAACAGCAUUCACAUGAUUUAAAGAAUGGAUUCUUCAUCCAAAGUCCUUUUAAAAAAACAGAGAAUGUUUGUUGUUCUCUGCUGCUGAGACGGCUGGUCCAGUAUAAGGCGCUUUGUUGGGCUUUUAUUCCAGAUGAAAAAACAAAAAAAUGAAGAAACUGAUCCUAUCCAGAGAGCUUCUACAUCUUAUUUUAUCGACAACGCGGGCGUUUUCUGAGCUCCAAAGUGUGCUACUUUUCCACUUGUAUUGUUUCGGUCGGUGCGGGGCUCAUGACUACUCAUGCAGGGAGCUUUCACUACAAGUCGACACCAUCAUACAGUUUCUACAGUUUGCAUUAUACAAGUUGGGUUUGGGGACAGAGAAUCCAUUUUCCAUUCCAGCAU